UAACGAUACACACAUCAUUUCAUUGUCCACAAAAUAUAUACAUCAACUAGCUGGUCAAAACUUAAGAGUACACAAAUCCAACUUUUCCGAUGGCCGAAACGACUUCAGAAAUCCUAAAGCGAAUCACACAACGUGCCCAAGAAAUACAAUGCCUCGCUUAUCCCUCUGGUACGGCUUCGUCGCGCUCGUUCACACCUCGAUCAUGUUCUCCACAACACCCUAUCGCUGAUAUUUCCCUUCCUGACCCGCCCCCAAUACAGCCGGCUCUUAUGGCUGCUGGUGCCCGUCCAGAAAUUUCGCUAGCAAUAGAACAAGCAUAUCAGAAACGGGCCGCUGACUUACGAGCUAUCUAUCGCUCGGCUGUGACGCUUGUAUGCUCAAACCAGGUGCAGCAUCCGUCCAAGUUCCGCUAUGUCACCGAACAAAAAGUCCUGUUUGCAUUCACCGAGCUAUAUCUCAAAGAGCUCGUGGCCUGGAGAGAACAAUCUGUUGCCUCAUAUCUUAAACAUUCAUCAACAAGCGACAAAAUUCACACCUCAAGUUGUACACCAAAGUUUAAUCACGAAUAUGUUCCAUUGCUUGAACACUUUUUCGCAGAGAACCCGUUUCCGACUCAUGCCGACAAAGCCUUCCUUGCAAAGAAAUCUGCAAUGACAUACCGUCAAAUUCAUGUUUGGUUUCAAAACAGGCGCAACAGAAUGAAGAAAGAAGGUCAAGUGUUAAGAAAGAAAGCAGUAGCUGAGGGUGCCACUCUUCCUUUGGAUAGCCUGUACCAGCGUAUGGAGAAGUUCAUUGUACUGGAAGAAAGGAAGCCGCCCGCAACGCCUCCCAGUCCUCUGCAUUCCCCCACCAAGCAAGGAGACGAGAUAAUGUCUAUUGCAGCCCGAUGCAACCCACUCGAGCCUCUGGCACCUUUGCACGCAUUUCCAUCGCCUUAUCCCCCUUCAUGCUCGUAUGAUCCUUUUCCAUCGAAGAAUGGUGUGACGAAUUUCGGUGCGCCACAAUGGCUCCGACGCCCAAUGACCACAGCUGUUCAACGUCCUACAUUGGACAUGGAUGGAUUCGUAGACCACUUCUCGAGAAUAAACAUUCUAGAUGAUUCUGGCUCGCGUUCACGCGGCCAUGUUGAUUCAUAUGCAGCUGUAGCUGCCAUCACGGUUAUACCCUUCCCUGCACCUCUGCCUGCCCUCAUUCGGGGGACAACUACCCGUAUUACGCCCAUCCGUGUUCCUAUGCUCUCCGUUCCUGCAACCGCAUCGCGUCGCCACGUCUUCAACACUCCUAGUCCCCAAUCAAGACCUAUCACAUUAGUGCCAGCCUCCGAGACCCCAAGAGGCCAAAAGGCCCGCCGCCGAAAAAUGGCACCAUUGCCAAAACGCAUCCCUCACGGAAACCCAGUUUCUCACCGGGGCGUCACGCCAGCCCUUUCAGAGGCGUCUGUCGCCUCACCUUCUCCAUCAUCCCCCUCGCGUUCAUCUUCACUCGGGUCUGAGAAUUCCUCGCAGAGCCGCCUAUUCUCGAGCGCGAACUCCACGUCGAGCAGUUCCUCUGGCGUUAUGACGCCGCCUCCAUUCCCCUCACCUUCAACACAACUUGCGUCUCCUCCAAUGUCCUUGUACAGUUUCUCUUCAAAUAUGACUGAUCUAUUCGGUGAUGCUUUGGAAAGUGUUCCCUCGCCGGCGGAGGGACUUCAGCUUGACUUUAAUUCAACUAUAUUCGGGCAUGAGCACAUUCCGAAGUCGGCGGCGUUCGACUUCUCUUUCGGUGCGUCCCCAGCAGCGAAUUCUGUUCGCGCACCACCAUGAGCCACUUCGUGGUGGGAGUCUACGGAGUUCGAUCCAGCAUGCUCCAGAUAGAGCUUGCUUUCUACCUUUGGCACGUCAGGCCUUACUGCUGCGGAACAUCUAGCGGUGACGAAGGGCUACGGCAACGUCCUAUUGCAUCCCUUCAUCUAAUACCCUGAAGCGGAUCCUAUGCACCAUGCAUGUCCUGUGUCUAUGAUAACGCAUCUUGACUUGUCCUGUAUUCUAUUGCUGUCUAAUCGCUGUUCUUGUUUUUUUUUCCCUUUCGCGCAAUAUCUUUGCUUUUGCUCAUUCGAUGUUACCUAGUCAUAUUGUUGUAUUAGUCUUUAUACCUGCUGUUUGUAUGCUGCAAACAAUUGGAACCGAAUACUGGAACGUAUCCCAGAGGUGGUCUCGCUGAGCAGAACGAAAUCGAUCACAAU